AUGGCAACCGCCAGUAUUGAAGAGAACCCCUUGAACAUCUUCCGCAACUUGGACAUCAUCAAAGCCGAGCGCGUGGAGGAGUUUCGCCGUCUGGUGUACGAGUACGCCACCGCUCACCCCGAUGAGAUUGACCUGGUGGACGUGCGUUCUCGCAUUCGGCCACCAGACGAAAAUGAAGACAACUACCCGAAGGCGGCCAUUCCCGACUGGAUGCUCAAGCGGUUGCUCGUCUCCGCAAAGGUGCCCCUCAAGCUGGAAUUUGCCAUGGCCAAGUUUGUGGACGUCUUCAAGUUUCGCGCCCAUUGGAAGUUGUCGACGCUGACGGCGCGCAACACUCUUCCCGUGGAGUUCUACAAAAUAGUGCCCUUCAUUGCGGAUGGGGAAGACCGAGACGGCAACAGACUGAUGAUCAUUCGCAUACGCUACUACAAGAAGUUGCCGCAGUUUGAGGUGAUCAUCAAACGGGCCAUGGUGUACAUUGUCGAGCAGAUUGACCGUCUUUACGAGAGCGAGGCGCCCUUCAACGGCGUCGGCAUACUGAUGGAUCUGACUGACUUCCAUUACCGCAACGUUGAUUUAGAUCUACUGUACUUUAUCAUCAGUCUUGCCUUUAAAUGGCCGGGCAAUGUGCGCAGCGUCUUCAUUUACAACUUGCCGAUGAUCCUAAAGAUGUUUCUUUCCGUCAGUCAGAAGAUGAUCGACACGCUGUCUCCCAUUAAAACGCCCGUCAAGCUGACGUCGAUUGACAGCAAAUCAAUUGGCAACUACAUUGCUCCCGACCAAUUGCCUGACUUUCUAGGUGGUCUGAGGCCAGUGAAAACAGAGGUACCAGCCGAUGCAUUGCCCCUAGAGGAGAUACUGCACUCACUUGAGGAUCUAAUUGAGCCCGCCAAUGCUAAAAAAAUUUUGGAUUACGUGAAAGAGUUGAUGAAAAAUUAUUGA